UUAAGCCCCGCACUGGACCGCCGCCAAAUCAAACGUCGUCGAUAAGGCAUGCAAUUGACGCCCAUUUCAAUACACCCGCAAUCCUCCAUAAGAAACGCAAAAUUCCAUUGCCAGAAAACGCAAAAUUUCCCGCUCUCAAAGUGAAUUAAGAAAAAGGAAAAAAGAAACCGAAAUAAUGGCUCAACCCGGAGCAGCAACCCUGAUUCUCGUAUCCCGAGACAAAAAUGGCGUCGCAAAAAUCACGAUAAACCGUCCUAAAUCCCUUAAUUCCUUGACAAAGUCCAUGAUGACGCGUAUGGCUAAGGAGAUCAAAGCCUUGGCUCUUGAUGACUCGGUGCGGGUUAUUAUUUUAACAGGAUCGGGUCGGGCGUUCUGUUCGGGGGUUGAUUUGACCUCUGCUGAGGAUGUUUUUAAGGGAGAUGUGAAGGAUGUGGAGUCCGACCCGGUUGCGCAGAUGGAACUUUGUCAAAAACCUAUUAUCGGUGCGAUUAAUGGAUUUGCUGUAACUGCCGGGUUUGAAAUUGCACUUGCUUGUGAUAUUCUGGUUGCUGCUAAAGGUGCCAAAUUUAUGGAUACUCAUGCCAGGUUUGGUAUAUUUCCAUCAUGGGGUCUUUCACAGAAGCUUCCGCGGAUAAUAGGAGCUGGUAGGGCUCGUGAAGCAUCAUUAACAGCGAUGCCAAUAAAUGCAGAGCAGGCUGAGAAGUGGGGCUUGGUUAACUAUGUUGUCGAAGAGAGUGAACUAUUAACGAAAGCUGAAGAGAUUGCACAAGCUAUAAUUAAAAACAAUCAAGAUUUGGUACGGAGAUAUAAGUCUGUCAUAAAUGAUGGCUUGAAAAUGGACCUGGGUCAUGCUCUUUCUUUAGAAAAGGAGAGGGCACAUGACUAUUACAAUGGAAUGACAAAGGAGCAGUUUAAGAAAAUGCAGGAGUUUAUAGCUGGUCGGAGUGCAAAGAAACCUUCAUCCAAGUUAUAGGUUUUGUUGGUUUAUAAAUCUUUUUAGUUGUAAAAAUAAACAUGCCUUUACCCAAUAAAUAAAUAUAACAGGUUUGCUGUCCCUGGGAAAAUGAUAUCAAUAAAUUUUGGGAAUGCAAGAAGAUUUGUGCUUUCGUUUUGUUGUGGUAUGUAAAAGUAUUUUUUGUUUCUUUUUUUUUAUUUACAAAAAGACAACACUUUGUAGAAUUGGGGAUAAAGGGAAUGGAAACGUUAUAUGAAUUAUAAUACCAGCUUGUUCUA